AUGGGAUCUAUACCGAAAGUUGCGAUCGUCUAUGUGGUCGACCCGUAUCAUGAAGAUGCCAUCGCCAAACUUCAAAGUCAACGUAACUUGACUGUCAUUUUACCGGGAGAUCCGCGAAUCAAAUCCUACCACACGGACGCGACGCAUAUCCUUGUGAGAUCCGAGACGACAAUCGGUGAAGCGGACAUUCUCAAGGCCCGCAAUCUCAAAGCUAUCAUCAAACAAGGCGUCGGCGUCGAUAAUAUCGACCUCCAGGCCGCACGAAGGCAUGGUGUCAUUGUUUGCAACACCCCCGGCAUCAAUAGCGAAUCCGUGGCCGAAUUGACGUUGGCGUUAGCUUUGAGCAUUGCUAGGAGAGUUUGUGAAAUUGAUAGACGGGUGAGAAAUGGGGAGAAGGUGAUCAGAAGCAAGACCCUGGGCCACAGCCUGUUCCGCAAAACUAUUGGGGUCAUCGGCAUGGGAAAUAUUGGCCGCGUUGUUGCAAAGAAGUGGGUUGGAGCAAUGGAAGGGAAGGUGAUUGCCUACGACCCUUAUGCCCCUGAUAGUGCAUGGGACGAUAUGAAAGACGUUCAGCGAACUGCUCAACUGGGCGAGCUUCUGCAACAGGCGGACCUGGUCAGUCUACAUGUCCCUCUGACCGAACAGACUCAGGGCUUGAUAAGAAAGGAGGAGUUCGCGAUGAUGAAGAGUAACGCGAUUCUCAUCAAUUGCGCAAGGGGUGGUAUUGUAGACGAAGAAGCCUUGCUGGAUGCUUUACGCGAAGGCCGGAUCUUGGGCGCAGGCCUGGAUGCGAUGGACGUCGAGCCUCCAAGCCUCGAGAAGUACGGCAACACUUUACUGGAUCACCCUGGAGUGAUUAUGACGCCGCACAUUGGCGCCUCUACCAUUGAGAACCAAAGCAGAAGUGGGAUCGCAGCCGUCGACAUCUUAUGCAAGCUGCUUCGAGGCGAGGAAGUAGAAAGCCGCUUAACAUAG